AGCACGUCUACAUCCGUGUGGCUGUGCACACCUUAGGCCCUCUGGCUGGCUGGACGUGACAGUCAUUUGAAACUAUCUUGACAGACUAUUCAAAAAAAAAACCGUUCUGGGUUGGAAGAAGACUUAAACGACUCCACAGGAUACCAUCAGGACAACCAUGCCGUUCUUCUUGCCGAACAAAUUGAACCCUCAGGGACAGAGACUACUGACUAUCAUCAUUGCUCUCCCUGUAUUCGUCUCUACUUCCUACAUCCUCUACAAGCGCCUGGUGCUGGAAGAAGGCGUCCAUGGGCCAAUGUCCAGGAAUCAAACCCCCGUUACAAGCGACGACCUCUUUGCACAGUACGAGAAGGAUUUAGAAAAGGAGCGGCUACAACAGCAGUCGCAAGAUCCAUCUGCAGGAUCCAGCUCGUCAACAUCUCAUUCAUAUUAAAGACAUCCAUUCAUUGAAGCAAUGGA